AGCACACAUCAGCUUGGCUACAUUGACGUCUUCGCUGCUAUUCAACCGACAGAUUCGAGACCAAAAAGCAUCAUCCCACCAAGCUCUACGUCAGGCUAUCGAUAGGGCGACCGCAGCUUCAGACCGCAACAUUCCUCGCCUUACGGCGCAUUCCUCCCUCCACCCCUCAAGACACCAAUUGCACACACGCCCGAGAAUGCGGAAUGCUCUCGCGACCCUCGUGCUCCUCCCCGCAAUUGCGCUCGCCGCGCCCGACCUGCUGCUAGCCGACUUCGAGCCCGCCGCGCUCCAAGAAUCGCUGCCCGCCCAACAGUCCAACGAGACGCUCCUCGAAGACGGCAGCCUCGAGCUGCUCAAACGACAAACAGGCUGCGCAUCCGGCUACGCGGCCUGCAACAACCUCAACGAGCCGGGCCUCUGCUGCCGCACAUCGCAAGUCUGCUCCGCCGACGCCGCGGGGCACGUAGCCUGCUGCCCGCUGGGCUCAGCCUGCACCGGCACCAUCGAGCCCGUGCAGCAGCAAACCGCGCCGGUAAGCGUCACGUCAACGACAACAACAUCGCCCUUCGUCAUCGCCUCCACAACCACCGGCGCGCCCACGGCCUCCACGGACAACCCCUUCGUCCAGCAAACAGGAUCCGCGGCCUCGUACAUCCACUCCACGGUAUCCAACUCUUUCUUCCCGUUCCCCUACAUACCGACUACUUACACCAAUGCAGCCGCCUGCUCUUCGGCUUAUACGAGCUGCCAGUCGGAUGCUGCGAGCUGCACGGCUGCUCUAGCGAACGGCCAGCAGGGCGUUACCAUCUCCGCGCCAAAUGGCGGCGCCACCAUCACGGCGAUUGCGAGUCUGGGCCAGCAGAGCGCGGCGAGCAUCUGCUCGAGCUUGAGUCAACAGGCGUGCUCGGGGCUGCAGGUGGAGGCUUGUCAGGCCUUCGGGGGCACGGGAGAGGCGAGGACUAUGUGCGGCGAUAUGUACAGGGUGGGUGCGGGGGUUGCGCUGGGUAUCGCUGGGCAGCUAUUAAGAUAA